AUGAUGACCAUGACAAAUGGACAUACAUUUUCGGUGAUAAAACCGCCACCAUCACCAACCACACCAACCACAACCCUAUCACGAUCCUCCAAUAAUAAUGAUGUUAAACCUUAUCCAUGUCCAGAAUGUCAUCAAACUUUCUCUCGUCCACAUAACCUCAAAUCUCAUCUCACCACCCAUUCCUCAGAACGUCCCUUCCAGUGCGAUGUCUGUAAUCAUCAUUUUAGAAGGCAUCAUGAUUUAAAGCGCCACCAAAAGUUACAUACAGGGGAACGUCCCUAUGUCUGCAAAGAUUGUUAUCGUUCAUUCGCAAGACUGGAUGCAUUAAAUCGUCAUCGUCGUGCGGAGGGUGGCACAGCUUGCAGUGCCGUGCAUCAACAAGUGAAACAAGAGUUACAAGUAAAAUCAGCCACCACCACCACCACCACUACCACUACCAACACUACAACAUCAUCCAAUUCCUCCACUUCCUCGCCACCCCCACAACAGUCAUCCCAACAACAACAACAACAGCAACACAUACAGCAGCAGCAGCAGCAGCCCAUACAACAACAACAACAACAACAAAAGUCUCCACAGCAGGGGGGGAGACCAGUGAUUCCCCAGCUCCACAUCCCCCAUCCUGCGUCACACUUGUACCCAAAAGAAAGCAACUUUCAAAACUCACCUAUACCUCCACCUUCAUCACAACUGGGACAAUUAUUGCCUUCACCGAGUGCCCUUUCCUCUUUACCCAUUGCAACCAAUAAUAAUCUGACACCCAUUUAUACACCUUCGUCACCACCGUCGUCGUCGUCGGCGGCGUCCUCAUCGCAACCAACACAACAACAAAAGAAAAGUAAAAGUAGUAGUGGUACAACGGGUAAAUCACCACUGUAUCAUCAUCCAUAUCAACAAUGGUCACCUUAUUCACGUAAUGAACGACCUACUUUACCACCUCUUUCUGCCUCACCGCCACCCCCCAAUUAUCACCAUCAUGCCAGCCCCAAAGGGGGUAACACCAUGGACCGACUGAUGCAAGAAAAUGAUGAAUUAAAACGAGAUAUUAAUCAGAUCCGAUCCAUGGCACAAAAGGAAGCCGCUUCACUUAAAUCACGUCUCCAUGAUCUUGAAGUCGAAAAUAAAGUAUUAAGAUCAUUAAUUCAUAAUCCAAAGAAUAGUGAAACCAAAAGUUCAUGCUCAUUCGCUUAAUAAUAAUAAUAAAAAAAAAUCUUACUUUUCCCCUAAUAAAACCAAAAAAUAAAAAAAAAAUC